CGGGCAACGAUGAUCAAAAUGUAAGAUGGCGAAUCACUACGAUGUGCCGUCUUGGGCUGGAAAGCCUCCUGUCGGCUUACAUCUUGACGUAUUGAAAGGCGAGAAGCUUAUACAGAAACUCAUGAUAGAUGAGAAAAAGUGCUACUUGUUCGGACGGAACCCAGAUCUGAACGACUUUAUUAUCGACCACCAGUCAUGUUCUCGUGUCCACGCUGCACUCGUCUACCACAAACACCUGCAGAGGGCAUUUCUGGUUGACCUGGGAAGCACACAUGGAACGUUCAUCGGCACCAUUCGUCUGGAGCAGCACAAACCCACCCAGCUGCCCGUAGACAGCAAGUUUCACUUUGGUGCGUCCACUCGCCUCUACAUCCUGCGCGAGCGGCCCCAGAAGGUGGCCACACGGCAAGGUGACGAUUCGACUGUGACGGAUGAAGUGGAGGGUGGCCUUCUGGGUCUCCCCGAGACUGAGACUGAGCUUGAUAACCUGACAGAGUACAACACUGCCCACAACCGAAGGAUAACCAUGCUUGGUAUCCCUGAUGAAGAGCUGAAACCUCCGAACAGGAAGCAGAAGAACCUCAGUGUUAAGUUCAACGAGGAGGAGGACGUCAUCAAUCCAGAGGAUGUGGACCCGUCCAUAGGAAGGUUCCGGAACUUGGUCCACACUGCAGUCAUACCAAAAAAGAAGGCUAAGAUGGACACUGGCGACCCGCUGAGCACCCUACUGCCUGACUCGGACAAGUCGAGCCACAUGCACCCCUUCUCAAAACCCGAAUCCGUGCAUGUCUCCCACUUGAGUACCAUCUUCUCGCCAAUGCUCUCGGCCAAGCUCGGACUUCAUCUGCCCAACCCUGCACCAGAGAUCGAGCCAGCCAGUGCUCCCCUUGUGAACCCUGCUGCGCCGGUGGUAACGGCACACCCAGCCACAGCAGACGCCAACCUACCACCAGAGCCCAAGAAAAAGAAGUAUGCCAAGGAAGCGUGGCCCGGAAAGAAGCCAGUGCCCUCGUUACUCAUGUGAAGGUGGAGAUUGUUGCAUGGCCUAGCUGACUACACUCCCAUUAUGGUGGAGAGAACACUUCCACUCUUGGGCCUGGCCAGCGAACAGGUGCUGCCCCAGCAUGUGGUGAAUGUGCGCCAGCUGCGACAAGUGCCUGUCCGUAUCCAUGCGCUGCUAUGCCUUUCGGGUCUGCAGAAACAAGGAGGGAUCGAUAGUUGCAGCAAAGCUGUGGUGUGGCCCUUCACGACAGCUGCUGCCUGCAAGCGAAAUGGCAAGCCAGGGUUCUGCUUUGAGGCCUGUCCCUUUUUGCAACUGGCAUUCCCACGGUGCGGUGAAGCAGCCACGAAGGAUUGUGCAGGUGGUCGCACACCACUUGGUUGCCUCUGGGUCCUGCUAGGACAAACGUUACACUGUUCACGGUACCAUCGAAUGUGUGCACUGCUGGCCAAAUGAACCUGCACGUAAUAUAGAUGCAGUUAAUGUGCUAGGAUUUUUUUAGGCUAUACAAAUUUUUCAUAACAUGCAGCAGGUAGUGUUAUAAUUAUAGGUUGACCUCUCUACAUUCACAGCCCCACGCUGGUAAAAAAACAAGCAUUAUUUGAAUAUAGUGUCUGACAAUUCCAGAAAUGGAGGUUGACCCUCAUUUUUAAGAGAAUUGGUGACGGCUUGAAGGCAUACCUUGAACUUCAGUGGUCAAGAUCAGAGGCAGCACCAUCGUCCAAGCUAUGCGUCUCGUCUGUCACAGACAGGAUAUUGUGGUGGUGAGGGGUUAGUACACCUAUGGGCAUUUGGUGCCUUUGAUCAUGAUUACGAGAUGGCCUUAGUUAGUGAUGAUUAUAGGUAGACCCCUUUAGUCAUGUGUAGCAUUCUUUGGAAAAAAAAAGAGAUCAGCCCAUAGUUGAAUUACACUACCUGCCGCAGGUAACAUUUAAUAAAUUUGUGCAGCCUAAAAAAACCAUGGUUGAAUGCCAAUGACAGCCAUUCACAUCAUCAUAGAGACAAGCUUUCUCCUCUUUUUUGCACUGUCAUCUCAUUCAUGCUCUGUUUCAAGUCUACUGCUCCACAACAUAACUGCACAUUACAUUGUACAAUUGUACAUUAUGCAUAUAAGACAUCAUCAACUCUUUGUACACAUGAUUAAAGCGCAUGUUACUGUGGACUCAUCAACUAUGCAUGUAGCGGUUGCAAUAAAUCUGUACACCCUUGUGUCA